CCAUCAAGGAAGAUCUUACAUGCCACCCAGGCAGGUGGACCACCAUGGAGAGAGGCAUCCAGUACCUGAGGGAGUUAGCUUUGCUGGAGAUGAUUUAUGAUGAGCAGUUACCCACUAGUACACAAAAGUUUCUACGAAGUGCACCACCGUCUUAUGCCAAUUCAUUGGCAGUCAUGUCCUGGAAAGAAGGCAAUGGGCAAACGGUCUUAACGAACACAGUCCUUAACGAACUUCUCUGGUGUGGGUUCUUCCCAGCAGCUGCGUUUUCUGCCAAUACAGGGUCCCUCACGUGGGACGCAGUCCUUAUUGGAUAUCUCUGGUGUGGAUUCUUCUCCACAGUUGCAGCUCCUGCAGAUACAGGGUCCCUCCCUUGGGACAUAGCCUCUUCUGGGCAUAAUUUUAAUGAGCUUCUUUGGCGUGGGUUUCUCCUGACAGUCACAGCUUCUGUGAAUAUUGAUUCCCUCAACACUGCUCCUGUUUCAUUUCUCCUUAUCCUUUUUCUUUCCUCUGCCAUGUCACUUGCCAAACGGCAAUCCUUGGCUUUUGGAUGACUCAAAUUUUGGCCUCUAUCAGCACAGGAAGAAGGGUCUAUGAGCCAGCCUGUGCCUCUCCUCUGGUGAAGCCAACAGUUCCAUCCCGCCGCCUCGCUGCUCUGCCUCCUCCGGUUGCUAGGAAACGAGGCUCUGAGGUGGGGAUAGUGUGCCACCGCAAAGGUGCGACGCGACUGUCGUAAAAAGAAUUUCCUUGGGACAAUGUCGUGAAGUGCGGUCGGCAGGCCCUGCGUAGGAGCGAGUGACUAGGCCCAGCUCCCCGCACCUAUGUGCCCCGUCCCUCGGCAGGCCCUCCUCACCUGCUCCAUGUGGGGCCCAGGCUCGGCUCUCGGCACCUCCUCCUCUUUUUUCUUCUACUAUGGCCCGGAAAACAUUUAGCAGGAAGCGGAAAGCGGUAGCGGCUACCGCCGCGGGGCCUGGGGGGCUCCAGUAUGGGUGGGAUCACUCAGUUCACAAAAGGAAAAGACUGCCCCCAGUGAAAAGGUCUCUGGUGUACUACCUGAAAGGUAGAGAAAUCAGGAUGCAGAAUAAGUCUAGCUAUCACCGCUUGUUGUAUGGGUAUGCUGCUCAGCAACUUCCCAGCCUCCUGAAGGAGAAAGAAUUUCACCUCGGAACCCUUAAUAAAGUGUUUGCUUCCCAGUGGCUAAACCACCGACAAGUAGUGUGUGGGACAAAAUGCAACACAUUAUUUGUAGUAGAUGUCCAGACUGGUCAAAUUACCAAGAUACCUAUUUUGAAAGAUCGUGAACCCGGCAUGGUGAACCAGCAAGGAUGUGGCAUUCAUGCCAUUGAGCUCAAUCCCUCGAGGACCCUUCUGGCCACAGGUGGACACAACCCCAACAGUCUUGCAAUUUAUCGUCUGUCUACACUUGAUCCUGUCUGUGUGGGAGAUGAUGGACAUAAGGACUGGAUAUUUUCGAUUGCAUGGAUCAGUGAUACUAUGGCUGUUUCUGGUUCCCGGGAUGGUUCAAUGGGUCUUUGGGAAGUCACAGAGGAUGUGUUGUCCAAAAGCGAUGCCAGACAUAACCUCUCUCAAGUUCCUGUUUAUGCCCACAUAACACACAGGGCUCUGAAGGAUAUCCCCAAGGAGAACACCAAUCCUGACAACUGCAAAGUCCGAGCGUUGGCGUUCAACAAUAAGAACAAGGAGCUGGGAGCUGUAUCCCUAGAUGGGUAUUUUCAUCUUUGGAAAGCAGAGCAUACACUAUCAAAGUUACUUUCCACAAAGUUGCCAUACUGCAGGGAGAACAUGUGCUUGGCUUACAGUCAGGAGUGGUCGGUAUAUGCAAUAGGAUCACAGGCACAUAUUUCCUUUCUGGAUCCUAGGCAACCUUCUCACAAUGUAAAAUCCGUCUGGUCCAAAGAACGAGGCAGCGGUAUUCGAUCGGUGAGCUUCUAUGAGCACAUCAUCACAGUGGGAACAGGGCAAGGUUCCUUAUUCUUCUAUGAUAUCAGAGCCCAGAGGUUCCUGGAUGAAAAGCCCCCACGUGCCUGCUAUGGACAGAAGCAGAAAUUAGGAGGAAGUGAAAUUUUGAAGUUGACUACUGGCAAAGGCUGGCUGAGUCAUGAUGAAACCUGGAGCAAUUAUUUUUCUGACAUAAAUUUUUUCCCAAAUGCUGUUUACACCCACUGCUACGACUCGUCUGGAACAAAACUUUUUGUGGCAGGAGGUCCCCUUCCAUCAGGACUUCAUGGGAAUUAUGCUGGUCUCUGGAGCUAAAGAUAACUCUUUAUAAAUGCUGAUCUUUACACAAAUUUCCACUUCUCUUUUCCUUUUUCCACAAAAUUGUGUGAUGCCAUUGGUUUCUGAUUUAAAUGCAAGUUAUUUUUUGGCAGAGUUUUCUAUUGGUCUCCAACAGUUUUGAACAUCUUUUUAAACCAGGUUUUUGCUUUAACCUCCCCAAGCCUUUAUAUGAAGGGUUUUUGAAAUCCCUUUUUAUUGUAUUUACUCCAAAUGACUCUCCCUCCACAUUUAGGAUAUCUUGGCCAUGUGCCCCCUCCCCUACUUUGCUGUGAAGUAGGAUUCCUUUCUUAUAGAGUGGCUGCUCCUGGCCUUUCUGUGAAAGUCUAGGGGAUGCAUGUGUGCAGAUACUUUGUGUCAGUUACAUUACCUGGAAUGAAGACUACUUGUAAUUUAAAAAAAAAAAAUAAGUAUUUAUAAGAGAUAAACUACUACUUUAUCUGCAGAGCCUGGCCCUGGCCUGAUUUUAUUUUUUAAGAGUACAAGUCUAAUGACACUGUUUAUAUCUAAAGGAAUGUGUUAUUUUGAGCUGUACUCAUUGGAGCCCAGGGACAGAUUCCCCAGGGGUAUUGCCCAUGAAGGCCAAACUGCAGAAAUGCAAAAAUUCUCAAAAAUUCAUUUGUCUUGGUAGUUUUUAGCAAUACCAGGAGCAAAAAUUGAUCUUCUGUUCCUUCUCUGCCUGUCCCAGGUAGCAGCUUGCACAACUGGAGUUUGUGUAGGCUGUUGUACAACGUGACUGUUGCAGGGUGAUAUUACAUUUAGGGCCUGCAGAGGUGCUGAGAGGAAAGGGAGUCUAGGGACAGGAGUGCUCUUGUCCUUCAAAAAAUGAAUUUCAAAAAUGAACUAAAUCUACCAAUUUUCCAGAUGAGCCAAGGUUCCUGGCUCAUGGAUUCUUCAUAAACUUCUUGAAACUCAGGACCUUUUUUGUCCUAGGUUGUGGAAACUUUUUCCAUUGCAGUUAUUUUGGUUGGCCAUCUCCUCUAAUAAGCCAAUGGAAUAAAUAAAGUGCUUUUUCCCCAAGGUUAAACAGUGCUUCUUGGACUUACUGCAAGCUAGAAGCUUUCCAUAUAGAAAGGCAACUUGCUGUUAGCUCAUGUUGUACUAGCAUCUGCUGUCAUCCUGCUUGCUAUAGGAGAGGCUUAGUCUUUCCCCAAAUGCCCUCCCGCCUUCUGCAUUCAAACUCCCUUGAACUUCAUAUGGGACCGGGUAUGGAGAACAGGUCUGAUGUCCUUCAGGACCAGCUCUGAAGUAUGUUAAUUUAAGGAUGAUGGUCUUACCUCAUGCUUGGCUAAAAUGCAGGACUCCAGGGUGCUCCUUCUAGACUUUUGGCACCAAACUCAGUUUGUUACUGAUACCUCUCCUCUGCUGGGAUGAAUG